GUGGUGAGGGUUCACUGCUCGUUAGAUACCUUUUACUGAGAGGAAUAAGCUUAAUAAGGAUCUGUUUUUUGUUUUUCCUCUUUAAUACCUUCAAUGGAUUUCUAUGGACCUUAGACAACAAAUACACCCCAAAAUUCUUUGUUAAACUUUCUUUUUGUAAGAGGACCUAUUCUUUUCAUUUGAGUCACAUUCAUGUUGUAGUUCUUUUAUUUCUGAAGAAAUUUUCCGUGUUUUUUUUUUCUUUUCCAUUUGCUUUCAACAUGGGAUUCGGGAAGGAGCUACUUAUUCCCGGGUUUAUGUGUUUACUGUGGAUAUACGUCUCUGCCUCUCCUCCAUGUGGACCUGGCCAACAACGUACUGCCAAAGGCAAAUGUGUUGAUGAUAAUGAAUGUGACGAGACCCCUGGUAUCUGUGGGGACAACGCAGACUGCUUCAACACGAAUGGCAGCUACUACUGUCAGUGUCAUCGUGGGUACAUAAAUAUUGGUGGGAAGGUUAACUUUACAGGCACUGAUGGGACGUGCACGGAUAUCAAUGAAUGUUUUGAAUAUGAGAACAUCUGCGGUUCUGUUGCUACAUGCAAAAAUAUGAUUGGAACGUACAACUGCACCUGUCUGUCCGGAUAUAUCAGGACAAAUAACAGCAGACAUAAUGGAUGUGAAGAUAUAAAUGAGUGCACGAAAGCUGAAACUGACGGGGAGAACAUUUGUGGAGAAAAAGGCACUUGUAAGAACAUUAAUGGGAGUUAUUGGUGCGUGUGCCCUCAAGGUUAUACCAAUUAUGGCAACAAAAGGACCCCAUGCUCAGAGCUCGACUGUGCCAGCUUCAGUGCCGACAGCAGGCCUGCAGCGUCGCUCGGAGGCCUGCUGGAUAUAUUGUCCCUGAUGAGAAACAGCUGUUUGGCUCUGUCCAACCCAGCCACUUCUACAGAAGGGAAGGCUGAUGGAGACGCGUUACUUGAGAAACUUUUCACCGCAACUGUGUCGAUCCUGUCCCCUGGACCUCUGAACAGCAGUGACAGUGUGAGCGGGCUGCUGGGUACGGUGGAGGACUCUAUUUUACUGAUUGGUCCUCAACUCAAAGCCAACGCAACCAAGAUGGAUACCACAGAGACAGAGGCACGAAUUGCUGUUGAAAGAGGAAGGAGCCGACCAACUGGACCGAUCCAUCUGACCAAUGACUAUGCUACUCUCAGUACUGACUGGGAUACAGCGGCUGGGAUGGGACCAUACCCUGGUUUUGCUAUGGCUGCAUUGUUGAGCUACAAGAACCUUGAGGGAUCCGUGAACAGAUCUUUUGAGAGACUCAAAGAACAUGAGAAGGACGGUGCGUCCUUCCAGGUCUUCUCCAAAGUUGUGUCUGUUGUGGUAUCCAACCCGUCCACUCAGAAACUGAGCGACUCGGUCAACAUCACCUUCAGACAUUUGAAGGAAAAGAAGGACCCCAAGGUGAGCUUCAUCUGUGCAUACUGGAAUGAACGAGGGGUUUGGUCCACAGAUGGUUGCAAUCAGCAACAGUCUAAUGACACACACACAGUGUGUUCAUGCAACCAUCUGAGCAGCUUUGCCGUGCUGAUGGCACUUUACCCCAUGGAGCACACCUUUGGACUUCAGGUAGUGACCAAGAUUGGACUGAUCAUCUCCCUGGUGUUUCUGGUACUAAGCAUCCUGACGUUUAAGUUUUGCCGUUCCAUACAAGGAACCCGCACCACCAUCCACCUGCACCUUUGCAUCUGCCUCUUCAUGGCUGACCUCGUCUUCCUGACUGGGAUUUCUCAGAUUAACCCCGAGGGUGGCUGCAGGUUUGUUGCAGCGUUGCUCCAUUUCUUCUUUUUGGCCGUGUUUGCCUGGAUGCUGUUAGAAGGGGUGCAGCUCUACCGCAUGGUUGUCCUGGUGUUCAAUGCCACAAUUCGGCCCCUCUACCUUUAUCUCACCGGUUAUGGAACACCUCUCGCUAUCGUCAUUGUAUCAGCCAUCAUCCGACCAAAGGGAUACGGCACUGACCAGCACUGCUGGCUUUCCCUGAACGACGGUCUCAUCUGGAGCUUCUUUGGACCUGUGUGCGUCAUCAUCGUCCUGAAUGUCUUUUUCUUCAUCAUUACCGUUUGGAAACUGGCCCAGAAGUUCACCAGCCUUAACCCGGACCUCUCCAAGCUGCACAAAAUUAAAGCAUUCACAGUCACCGCCAUAGCCCAGCUGUGCAUACUGGGUCUGAUGUGGGUGUUUGGAGCGUUCUUGUUUGGCGAGGGCUCGAUAGUGGUGGCAUAUAUUUUUACUAUCCUCAACAGCCUGCAGGGUGCCCUGGUCUUCAUCAUGCACUGCCUGCUGUCUAAACAGGUGAGAGAUGAGUAUGCACACUUCCUCUCCUGUAUCUGCACACCACAGAAGAAAAGAUACUCAGACUUCAGUAGCACCAAUCCCUCCAGCAGCCAGUCACAAGGUUCUCGGAGUGGGCAGCACACAGGAGAGUCACAAAUAUGAAGAACCUUUUACACUCCUUCACAGACUAUUAUAGCUUUAGUCUUUUAAGGCUAAAUGUUUGACACACUUCUUUCAAGUCUUUCUCUUUGUCGCCCAUAUGCCAGUUUAAACUCUUUACAUUUAUUGCCAAAUCAGUACCUUUUCAAUCUGUCACUUUGGACAAACCUAAAGGUGGUGUAAGAUUUGUUGUUCUGGAAAGACUGUAUAAAAUAGAUGGACAUGGCCAUAUUGACAGUGUUUGUUGGCUCCCUCUUCUCAGUGUAUUAAUGUGAACAUUAACAAUUAAGUCAGUAAUUACCCAUCAAAGGUAUAUUUUACUGAGGUUGCAAAUCAAGUGAAAAGUGGAAUCAUUUUCCUGCAGACUUCUGUGGAAAAUAUUUUUUGCAGGGACAGAGGGGGCUUCAUGCAGGUCAUUAGAAGGUGCAUUUAAGGCUUUUCCGCUGUGGUUUAACUGAUGUGUGAAGCUGCAUCCAUCUUUUUAUACAGUCUGUUAGAUAAGGGCAUAUAUUUAUAUAAAAUGCACAAAACUAUACCUAUGCUUCUGAGCAUAUUCAUGUUCCUUUAAGGAGUGUUUUACCUCUUCAUGGUUCUGCAGUUGAUGAAAGUGAAACAUCUUUUGAUACUGUUUGCAAGUAGCUAUCAUCAUCAUGAUUGCUGCACAGACAAUUACCCAGUGUUGGUAAACCUUUCCACAGUCUAUGUUAAGGGGACCAUUAUUUAAGCGCAACAUCCACGUUUGCAUCCAGUUAGGUAAAUCGUGUUAUUUGCCACUUAAUUGGACUUCAGGUCUUAAGGUGUGAUACUUACCUCAGUAUGUGGGUGACUGCUCGUCUUCUACAGCACGACCUGUAGAUCACGAUGUACGUGUACUCAAAAAUAAUUAAAUUGACAAGAUGAAGCCAAUUGUUAAAUGUAUUUUAUUAAGGAGCUUUUUAGGUGAAAGUGAAGCUACUCGAGUAGCUCAUUGGUUUAUCAAGUACAUAUCACAAUCUUAAUAAGCUGUAUUCCUUUCAGAGUGAUUAAAAGUGAGAUUUGUAUACAUAUAUUUAUUUCAAAGUGCAGACAAUAGAUGUAUUCAUCCAUAUGAUCAUGAAAACAUGGUUUGCCUGCAUAUUAUACAAGUUAUAAAUGUAAAAAAUAAGGGUGGGUAAAGCGUGGAGACACUUAACAUCUUAUUUGUUUUAAUGAACUGUAUUUAACAGUAAGCUGUAAUGGGAUAUACAUAAUUGACUGUUGGUGCAAAUUAGCCAUCUAGUGCCUGUCCGUUUCCUGGACGUCCCUUAUGAGCUUGUUUUUCGCUUUCGAGUUCAAACAAAAUAAGUGGGUUUUUUUAAUCACUUGUGGCUACCCUUGUAGGAUCCAUCGAAGUUUUCAGAUGAGCUGCACUUUUUUUUUGUCACUCUUGAAUUAAAGGAUUAUAUUAUUUUUCUUGCAACAGUAAGCCAAGUAAUGAAAUCCAGGGAAAAGUGACUUCUUGCCAUUAAAAAGAACAGACUUGUCCUUCUGAUACGCCUGCAGCUUCCUGCAAUGAAGCAGUGUUGUGAUUAUAGCUGUUUGUGUGUGCCUGCAAAAAAAAAAAAAAAAAUACUGUAAAGAUGAAGCUGCAUCCCUGAAACGACAGCCUUUACAGUGGGAUUUGUCUUUUAUUGCACUUUUCCUUUGUAAAACAGGACCUAUCAACUCCCACAGUGUAGAAAUUAAGAAGAUGUGAGGAGCUGCCUCACUUUCAGAACAUAUGGUUUACGUGUAAGACAAAAUAAAAAAUAACAUUUUCUUACCAAGUAAGAAAACAACAGAAGUUUUGAGUUGACAGGUUUUGUUUUUCUGUCUUAGUUGACAGGUAUAUUCCUGAUUAAAAUCACCUGGGAGUUGGUUUUAACAACUAAAUUAUUCUUUUGUUUUUACAGCAAAUGUAGCUACACUUUCUUUUUAUUGUCAUCAAAACCUUUUCUUCAUGCAUUGAAAAAAUGUAAUUUUAUGUGAAAGUUGAAGUUUUUAAUGCAUUUUCUUGUGAAUGUAAGAAGCCUUGUUGUUAGAAUAUAUUAUUACCAUAUUUACUUACGUUUUUUAUUGUAUUUCCCUUGUUGUACGCUAUUUGAUACUUUGGUACUUUUCUUUACAAAAUAUUGACCACAAAACUUUAUUAAAGUGUCCACUUCUUCUGAAAAAAACACAACCUUCUUUACAUGUGUUGAUUAUUAUCAGUCCCCAUCUAUCCACAUAUGGAGACUCAACAUUAUCAUGUUAACUCUCCAACUUAGUUCUGCAUCAAAUACAUACAUUGAAAAAUGAUGAAAGACCUCUUACAGCAUCAUAGCUGUCAGGCUCGGCUGUAUUUCUUUGGAAGACAGCUUAGACGGCAUCAUAUUUGUGACACAUGAAAUACCAGAAAACUUAAUUGCAUUGUUGUAGGUGACAACAAUAGCCUACUUAACAGGGAU